GUAGCCCUAGUAGAAUAAAUCAGUUCAUAAUAAAAAUAAUAAAAUCUACAAUCAUAGUUAUGAACAAGGAAGAAUAAAACCUAAUUUGAGAAAAUUGCAAUCCUUGAUCUUUUAUUGUUAAAUCCUCUAUCUUGACCUUCAAUAAUGCCCAAAAGAGGGCUGCCACAAGCCUCCCAAAGCUCCCUUAAUUCUGAAUUUGGAUGGGUAUUUAUAGGAUUUUAGAAACCCUAAUUGAAAUAGAAGUAGGACUUGGAAUAGAAAUAGGAAACUGAAUUUUGGAUGCUGAUCGCGUGGUGCUGACACUUUGGAUUACGUGUUGACACAAAAUAAGAAACAGAAUCUGGACGUUUAACUCAUGGUGUCGACACCCCGAUCAUGUGUCGACACUACACCCGUGUCGGGUUUCUGGUCUCCUUUUGCAAUUUCUUCAAUGAAAGAAAAAUCCAUGGAGCUUAAUCAUUUUAGUCAUUCGCAUCCCAUGCUCCUCGUUGAAGAUAAGAGUUACCAAGUCAAGGAAGCUUAUUGCUCAAGAUGCAGGGAACUCAUAUGGGAUUCAAGUUACACAUGUGCCAAUUGCAAAUUUUUCCUUCAAAGGAGGCGUGCUGAGCUACAUAGGGAGGGAUUUGGUUAUCCUUUUCAUCACCAGCAUCCUCUUGUUCUUUAUGAUAAGCCACAAUACAACUCUUCUUGUGUUGCGUUUAAGUGCAAUUCUUGUGGAAAGCAAAAAGUUUAUUGGGAUCUAUUCUAUCUCGUCGUUUACAUUCCUCCAAAUCUGAUGCCUGUAUUGGUUGAGUUUUUGUGGAUAUCCAUGGCCAUCAAAGUUGAGAGAGAAUGAUAACUCCGUUUUUAGGAAGAGGAGAUUAUAUAUGGUGUCUAUAUUUCUUGGAAUUUGGUUUCAUUUUGGUAUAUAUGUUUUUUCCACUUCUGGGAUUGGUCGGUUGCUUUGUCCCCCAUGCUAAGUAGUCUGAAAUUAAGAUUAGUACUUAGGACAAGAAAGGCAUGUCUCUAGCAUCUUUUUCCUUUCUAAUAUAUAAUCAAUGGACGUGGAAAGGGGAGUGAAAAUUUGGUAACAGAGUUUCCUUUCUAAUAUAUUUCAUCCAAGAAGAAAUGACUCAUCCAUUUUUUUUUUUUUUUUCUUCGUCUUUUUUUCUGUAAUCUUUUCUUUCAUUUCUUGGAUGGCUUUUCUAUGAAAAGCAUAACUUUGUGUAUUUCCUCAAGACUUAAUUUAAUAAAUAGUUUAUUAACUU